AUGUGGUCGCCAUUUCCUGAAUUCAACAACGAGAAUCAUGUUGAGUACGUCGUCAUCUUUGCCAAACUCCUCAUUCCUGGGCGCGGAGAUCCCAUUCCCAAAGGCGCGGUGGGCAUCUCCACCAAAGACGGUUCUAUCUAUUAUGUUGGCCCGCAAUCGAAGCUGCCACAAACGCUCCAGUCAACGCCCCCAACACAUGUCAACUAUCUUCUCCCCGGGCUCUGGGAUUGCCACACCCAUUUCGCGGGGACUCUCCAGGCCGAUUUCCCAGCCUUUGUCCAGACUCACCCGGCUGCUUGCGGUGCAGCUAUAGCACGGGGGUUUUACGAUACGCUCAUGGCGGGAUUUACCAGCGUGCGAGAUGUAGGGUCGUUCGCUAUUGAAGCCUACAGUGCCGUCAAGGCUGGCUUGAUUCUGGGGCCCACAGUCUUCGGUGCAGGCGGCGCAAUUGGUAUCACUGGCGGGAGCUGCGACGCCGUCACGUUGCCUACGGACUGGAUGUAUGGACGACAGGGAGUCCAACAGCACAACCAAUGGCCCGGCAUCAGUACGUUGGUCCUGGCGGAUGGAGUGGACGAGUGUCGGCGAGCUGUACGAUUGCAGAUUCGCCGUGGAGCAUCGUGCAUCAAAGUCGUCACGACGGGAGGCGUCAUGAGCACUGCAGACAAUCCAGAGUACCGCCAGUAUUCAGAUGCCGAGCUUGAAGCUGUCAUCGAUGAGGCUACAUUGCAGGGUCGAGCUGUUGCGGCUCAUGCUCAUGGAAAAGCGGGUAUAAUGGCCUCCAUCAAGCUCGGUGCUUCCACAAUCGAACAUGGCAGCUACCUAGAUGAAGAAGCAGCAGAGCUCAUGCGAGAAAAAGGAGUGACGCUGGUUUCUACGCGACAUAUCGUUGAGGCUGGGCUUAGUCGCCUUGACAAGAUGCCACCGGAGACCAGCGCCAAAAUGGUCGCCAUUGCAGGGAAACAUCUUGACGCCUAUCGAAUUGCGGUACGGACUGGCGUUAAAAUUGCCCUCGGAACAGAUAUUUGUUCUUCAGACCCCAAGGAAACGAUUAGCCACGGCAACAACGGGCACGAGCUGGUGUGGGCUGUCAAAAAGGCUGGAAUGACACCACUCGGCGCCAUCGAAGCAGCCACAGCUAAUUCCGCCGAGACACUCGGCCUCCAGGCUCCCAAGAAGGGCAUCAUCAAGGAAGGUUGGGACGCCGACAUGAUUGCGCUCGACGAGAACCCGCUGGAGAAUAUUGACGUUUUCGCGAAACCUGAAAACAUCAAGUACGUCUGGCAAGGCGGGAAGCAAGUCAAAUCGCCCCAGGCAAGUCAUUGGCCUCCUCCCACUUCAGAGACAAAUGGCUGGUCGGUGGUGGAUAAGCACGAAUGUGUUGGGUGCCAGGUGUCGGGACUUUGAUACUGGAAAAUGCCUUGAGAAUCACCUUUGCCGCAAUUCCUUCACCCCUAUGGUGUGAUGGCUACUGCUGAACGAAGGCCACGACUGCCCGCUGUGCCCUCAUACAAGCCUCAAUCCUCCAGCACUAGCUAGCUCGUC